ACAACGCCAUGCCAGGCUAUACCAGUAUACAUAGCUGGACUCUCCGUUGCUUUCUCACUUGCCUGAAGCUUUCACCAUGAUAUCUUCCGGUCUGAUCGAUCACUCUCCCCACCAGCCCGUCGCGGCGGAGAAAUUGGCCUCUGCGAGGAAUCUUGUUCUCAUAGACAAUUAUGACUCCUUCACCUGGAAUGUAUACCAGUACCUUGUCCUCGAGGGCGCUACCGUUACCGUCUACCGGAAUGACAAGGUGACGCUGGACGAAUUGAUCGCCAAAAAUCCUACGCAACUGGUCAUCAGUCCCGGGCCCGGUCAUCCAGACACCGAUGCAGGUGUCAGCAAAGAUGCCAUUAAAUACUUUGCGGGGAAGAUCCCAAUCAUGGGUGUCUGUAUGGGACAACAGUGCAUCAUAUCCGUCUUUGGAGGCAAGGUAGACGUCACAGGAGAGAUCCUGCACGGAAAGACUUCGCCUUUAAGACAUGAUGGCAAAGGAUGUUAUACUACACUACCACAAGAUUUACCAGUCACUAGAUACCACUCAUUGGCAGGAACACAUCCAACACUUCCUAAGUCGUUGGAGGUGUCUUCUUGGAUUGCAAAAGGACCCGACAGUGGAAAAGGCGUGAUCAUGGGAGUGCGUCACAAGGAAUAUGUCAUCGAAGGUGUACAAUUCCACCCCGAGAGUAUCUUGACCGAGAACGGCAGGGUCAUGUUCAAGAACUUCCUCCGGAUGACUGGAGGAAAGUGGUCAGAAAAUCUUCAAGUUGCUGCUCCCACAGCAGCCACCACUAGUGUCGCAAAUGGGCGGCCGUCUGGGAAAAAGGAGUCUAUCCUGGAAAAGAUCUACACUCACAGACGGCAAGCUGUCGCUGCGCAGAAACUUAUUCCUUCUCAAAGGCCAGAGGACCUUCAGGCCACUUACGAACUUGGUCUUGCCCCUCCUCAGAUUUCCUUCCCCAAACGACUUCGAGAAUCGGCUUAUCCAGUGGCACUCUUGGCUGAGAUCAAAAGGGCAUCUCCCUCCAAAGGCAUUAUCUCCCUGGGCACUUGUGCUCCUGCCCAGGCACGAAAGUAUGCUACGGCUGGGGCAAGUGUCAUCUCAGUGCUCACUGAGCCUGAAUGGUUUAAGGGUAGCCUGGAAGAUAUGCGGGCCGUUCGACAGAGUCUCGACAGUAUGCCAAACCGACCUGCCGUUCUGCGCAAAGAGUUCAUCUUCGAGGAAUAUCAAAUACUAGAAGCUCGUCUUGCCGGUGCUGACACAGUUCUGCUGAUAGUGAAGAUGCUCGAUGUGGAGACCUUGACGAGGCUUUACAAUUACUCCAAAUCUCUAGGAAUGGAGCCUUUAGUCGAAGUUAACACAGCAGAUGAGAUGAAGAUCGCUGUCGAUAUCGGAGCAGAAGUCAUCGGAGUCAACAACCGAGACCUGACCAACUUUGAAGUUGACCUUGGCACGACAAGCCGAUUGAUGGACAUCGUGCCAAAGGAUACCAUCGUGUGUGCUUUAUCCGGGAUCUCUGGACCUCAGGAUGUUCAAGCUUACCGGAAGGAUGGUGUCAAAGGCGUACUUGUUGGAGAGGCUUUGAUGAGGGCGGCUAAUACAGUGCAUUUCAUUUCCAAGCUUGUGGGAGAUCCCGGUGUAGAGCCCACGAAAAAGACUCGAGCUCCAUUGUCAGUUAAGAUUUGCGGAACAAGAACUCCAGAAGCUGCCAAAGCUGCCGUAGAGGCUGGAGCAGAUUCUGUGGGGAUCAUCUUGGUUCCUGGACGAUCACGACUGGUCUCGGACGAGGUUGCUCUCCAAAUCGCCAAAGUCGUCAAAACUACGCCGAAACCGUCAAGGAAGAUUGUACAUGCUCCGGAUGUUGGCUCUACCGAUUUCUUCGACCAUUCCUCGAGAAUGCUUGUUCGACCGGAUCGUGCUCAGUUGGUGGGUGUUUUCCUUGACUCUCCUUUGGAGCACGUUAUCGAGCAAGUCUACAAACUAGACCUUGAUGUUGUUCAGCUCCAUGGAUCAGAACCUAUUGAGUAUGCUCGGAGUAUUCCUGUCCCUGUUGUUCACAAGUUCUCCCCUCUGGACCAUGGUAUCUCCGCCAGAGGGUAUCAUGCCCUUCCCUUGUUAGAUGUCGGGGCUGGAGGUACUGGCGAGCAGCUCAAUCUUGACGAAGUCAAAACCUUCUUCGAUAAGGAUCCGGGAGUCAAGAUCAUAUUUGCUGGUGGAUUGAACCCCGACAAUGUUGAGUCAGUACUUAAAUCCUUGGGUCCGUAUCGUGCCAAUAUCGCUGGUGUCGAUGUUAGUAGCGGAGUCGAAACGAAUGGGAAGCAAGAUCUCUCAAAAAUAUCGGCGUUCGUCAAGGCUGUCAAGGGUUUAGACUAGAGGCGGACAUAUAGAAUCUACCAAUCUUCGAUGGUCUUUGAAGCGUGUGCGGACAUGCUUCAGCUACAUUUCUGUUCGGUUGCGACUUUUCCUUCGAUGUGUUUCUCCGAUGACCGCCUCUGACAAUAUACACCAAGCUCAGUCAGGGGGCAUUUCAGCCUGGAUCUUGCAGCCUCACUUGGAUAUCAGAGUACCUUGUCUACUAUAUGUCACAUUCGACGGUCCUCUCUCACUGCUUCCUCUGGUACACAGACCUUUCAUUGCAUUCCAUUUUAUUUCACAUAUCUCUCCAUUUCACAUUUCGAUCUUACUAAAGCU